CCCCACUGAGCUUAAAUGGUUUCUUUUCGGGUCGCUAUAAAUCGCGCCCAACAUCUUAUCGUCUCUUAUCAAACUGAAAACCCCUCCUCUCUCUCUCUCAUGGAGUCUCUUUCCAUAGGCGUCUCAUCUUCCCCGCCUUUCCCAAAUCACCCCAAAACCCACAAACCCACCUCACAAUCUAUUCUCAUUCUCUCAAAUUCCCUCCCAAACUCCAUUUCCACCUCCAAUUCCACUCCCAUUUCCUGUAAUUCUCAUCAAACCAAAUUUCUUUUCACCAUGAAAAACCCUAACAUACAUAAAACACACACACCAAAUCACCAACCAAACAAAACCUCAACAACCCAUUUCUUGAAUCUUUUCAAGAACCAUCCUCUAAUCCUCAAAAACCCUUCCCUUUUCCAAUUUUUUCUAAAACCCCAUAUCUCUUUUCUUUGUAUGGGACUCUCUUUUCCUCUUUCAUGCUUUGCUUCUGAAACUAGUCUGUCCACUGAAGAAGUUUCAAGCAAAAUAAACUUGGAGUCGAUCUUAGUUUCUAUAGAUGAUUUUUUCAAUAGAAAUCCAUUUUUUGUUGCUGGGGUUACAUUCAUUUGGUUGGUUGUAAUCCCGCUAACCCAAGAGUACUUGGAGAAGUUCAAAUUUGUUUCAGCCAUUGAUGGGUUUCGGAAGCUCCGGGAUGACCCCAAUUGUCAGCUGUUAGAUAUCAGGGACAAAAAGAAUUUGAAGUAUUUGGGUUCACCCAAUUUGAAAUAUUUGAAUAAGAGUGUGGUGCAAGUGGAGUUCUGUGAAGGGGAUGAAGGAGCUUUUGUGAAGAAGGUAAUGGAGAAGUUCCCGCAGCCCGCAGAUACUACCAUUUGUAUUCUAGACAGUUUUGAUGGUAACUCCAUUAAAGUGGCUGAGUUAUUGUUCAAGAAAGGUUUCAAAGAGGCUUAUGCAAUUCGGGGUGGGGUUAGAGGCAAGAAUGGAUGGCAGGAGAUACAGGAAACCCUUCUCCCACCAUCUGUACAUAUUUACCCCACAAAGAAGGUUAAAAAAUCACAACAGCUUGAGAUAAAUGGAGAAGUGAACCAGGGGGAUGGGAAUAUCAAUCAGGUUUCCUCCUUUACAAAUCUCCCUACGGGCAGAAGUGAACAGAUUGACAAUGGAUAUGUAAACAAGUCGAUUAAAUCCACCCCCGAGACAAAACAAGGUCCUAGACCGUCAUCUCCCUACCCGCGUUACCCAGAUCUAAAACCGCCAUCUUCCCCAACUCCGGCAAAGCCUCGAAGUUGAUGCCGACUUUUUCAAUUUGAAUUGUUACCUCUUUUUUUUUUUUUUUUCAGAA